UCAAGUACACGUCAGAAAAUUUCGUUUGAUAAAGACUUUUUUGAACGAAACCUCUUGCAAUUUAUUACAAAAAGUAGGUAGGAAGAAGUAGGAGGACCAGAUUUGAAGAUAUUUGAAGUUAAACUGUGAAAAUUGUAAAAACUAAAAAAUAGAAAAAUUUCUAAAUUUACGCAACUAAUCGCAUGAAAAGCCGGUCUUUUCGCACAAAAGUUAUAAAUAGCUCGAGAUGAGGUCGUUUUUUAAGCUUUUAGUAUUCACUCUCACAGCAGUAGCUGUAAAUUGUAUGUACGACAGUUCCGAUGAGGUUGUCGAGUUAACAGACUCCAAUUUUGACUCCCGAGUAACUCACAGUGACUCCAUUUGGGUUGUUGAAUUCUAUGCGCCAUGGUGUGGUCAUUGCAAAAGUCUCGCUCCCGAAUACAAAAAGGCAGCAAAAGCUCUGAAAGGAACUGUCAAAGUUGGAGCCGUCAAUUGUGACGACAACAAAUCCUCUUGCGGUCAAUAUGGCAUCCGAGGAUUCCCAACCAUCAAGAUCUUUGGCUCGAAAAAGACUCCUGUCGACUACAAUGGGGCCCGAAAUGCUCUGGGUAUCAUCGAUAGUGCUCUGGCUGAAGCAAAAACAAAAGCUAAAGAUAUUCUCAGCGGAGGCGGAAGCUCUUCAAGUUCAUCAGGAAGCAAAUCAUCUGGCAAAAACGAAGUUGUCGAACUGACAGAUGCCAACUUUGACAAAUUAGUUUUGGAGUCUGACGAUGUUUGGUUAGUUGAGUUCUUUGCUCCGUGGUGCGGACAUUGCAAAAACUUGGCGCCGCAUUGGGAAAAAGCAGCUGCCGAACUCAAAGGAAAAGUCAAGUUGGGAGCUCUCGAUGCCACAGUUCACACCACGAAAGCCAGUCAAUACGGCAUUCAGGGAUAUCCGACAAUCAAGUUCUUCCCGGGCGGCAAAAAGGACCGUCACAGUGUUCAAGACUACGAUGGCGGGCGCACAAGUAGCGAUAUCGUUACGUGGGCUCUGGACAAGUAUGCCGACAGUGUUCCGGCGCCGGAAAUCAAAGAACUCGUGGGACAAACGACAUACAAAGAAUGCAUUGAGAAACCUUUGUGCAUCUUCUCCUUCCUGCCGCACAUUCUGGAUUGUGACAGCACAUGUCGCAACACUUAUAUCAAAAUCCUGCAAGAUCUCGGCGACAAAUACAAACAAAAACUCUGGGGAUGGGUCUGGAUGGAGGCUGGAGCUCAAACUGAAUUGGAAUCAAGUUUGGACAUUGGCGGCUUCGGAUAUCCCGCGAUGGCAGUCUUGAACCACAAAAAAGCCAUGUACUCUGUGUUGAAAGGCAGCUUCACGUACGAAGGCAUUUCCGCUUAUUUGAGAGAUAUUUCGUUCGGACGAGGACAAACGAGCCAAAUGAAGUCAACGGUACCAAAAAUUGAAGAAAUCUCUGGCUGGGAUGGAAAAGACGGAGUUUUGCCAGAAGAAGAAGACAUCGAUUUGUCGGAUGUGGAAUUAGAUGACAUCAAAGACGAACUUUAAGUCUUCUAAAUUAAUUACUCCAUCGACUAAUUUUAAGAUUUUCUGUAAAAUAAAAAAAAAAUAAUAAAAAAAAUUAAAAAAAACAAUUUUACCAUUAUUCAA